AUGCAGCAGGUUUUUCAAGAGGACGCCACACGGGGCGGGGGGGUCAAGCCACUCAUUCGCUUUCCUCUCCCGGUAGAGUUGGCGACGAACUUGACAGCGACAGGGAAGCGCUCGCGCAGCUCGGCGGGGAUGAAAAGUGCAACAGGUUGCUCCACCGCCGCCAGCCCCGUAACACCACUGACGCCGGAGGAGCGUGCGGCGCUCUGUUGCUUCAUUAUGUACGGCAAUCAGUCUACACCUGCCUCACUGUGGUUCUAUCACCAUGCUGAGAAGUACUCCACUCCGGCGCAGCUUCUCGCCCCCCACGCGGGACCGUCUCGCUCUGCAGUGGCCUCUCAGCAUCGAUGGUGCUUCGUGGCUCUUCGUCAGGCCAUGUCGCUCCUCUGUCGGGUUGUCCGACUGGACAGCUCCGGGUUUUAUCUUCACUCUACGUCUCCAUCGAAAGCCGGAGUCGGCGCAACUGCGGCGACAUGCGGUGACUUAGCUUUAUCUACUGAUGCUCCUGCGGAAUCUGCACGUGCGACGACACUGGAGUUGUAUUGUCGCUUUCAAGCACUUGAGCUCGAGUUGGAAGAUGUGACGCUGCGAACCGAAGCAGCCACGCAGGCAGACACAGUUCCGGAGUCCGUGCGCCAGCAACUGCGAUCGGAUGUGGAGGCGACAGUGGUGUGCAUCAAGGAGAGCUUGAAUGCGCUGGAGGAUACUCUAGUGCAGAUGCUACUCGGCAGCUUUACAGACGUUAGCGUCAAGGGCGCGAGCACGGCGGACAUGUCUGCAGCGCCGUCGCUGGAGUAUGUAGCAAGGAUCCUACGGGAGCUGCCAUUCGUGCUCCAGUCGGAACAGUGGCCUGCCCAGUUUAUUUGUGAUAGUGAUGUUUUGUUAACAGGUGGCGGCUUAGAGCCGGAGAAUGUCGGGGCAAUCACAUCGUCGUCAACUUCCUCUCUUGAGCGGACGCUCCUGGGCACUGCACCGGUCCCUGGGACCGACACUGCAGCGUCGCAGCUUCUCGAGCAGCUGGGAGGUGCGGCGACAUCGCUGGCUUUGCGGAGCCUGUUUGAUCUCUGCCACGCGGACGUGUGGAACCUCCUCGGGGUUGCGGCGGCCUCUCCGAUCAGCCGACUCGCCGCACUCGAGAAACUUGCGGCGGAAGCAUCGAGUGGGUCGGCGAGUGCGGCCACACCGUGUCGACCCGUGCUCGACAUCGAGACCCUCGAGUUCAAAGAGAUUCUCAUACGAGCGUGGAACCGCCAGUACGGCUGCGUUGGCCUCCGCCGGCUCUUUUUCGAGAUGCAGGCACUGUUCUACCAGCUCGCGAUACAUACGCAAGCCACAUCAAAGCUGGCCGGGGGCGGUAGCGGCGCCACCCUUGGCAACGUCUGUGCGCUCUGGGGCACGUGGCGUCUCUCGCUGCAGAAGCGGUCAGCCGCGUUUCUGGCGAAGCUCGGCGCUACUGAGAAGUCUGCCGCUGAGCUUCUCGAUGACUCCACUUUGAGGGUGAACUCGUGUUACUCAAUGCGCCAGCACGCCGUUCCUAUCAGUGGCGUGACAGAGGUGCAGGGAAUGGUCCUUCGCGUUAUCACGAAGUUGCAGGCUGUCGAUACGAAGGGCUGGUUCGCUGUCCCAGCGUUUGACCUGGUGAACGUGGAUUUCACGAGUGUGCGCCACUGGAUUUUGACCCCCGUCUUUGCGCGCAAGUCCAAGCGAGAGGCCUACUGCUGCCUCUGCCGCGUGCUGGAGCGGAUGGUGGACAGCUGUGUGCAGAAGUACGGUCCUACCCAUGCCUUCAGUGUUGUCAUCACAACUGUGCGACAGCAGCUCGUUGACGUGGCUCGUACGGAAGGACUCUUGUAA